CGUUGAGUAUUUCAAUCGUACUGGUUACAAAUUGUGAAUCAUACUAUAACUUUAUGUCAUGUGCUCAACUUGCAGUUUACUUAACAUGGAAACGCCGUCAGUGAUAACGUGACUAUCGAAGUAAAAAGUGCCUACUUUAAAAACGACAAUAGCAAAAAUCGAACAAGGAUAAAAUGAUAAUUAGGUACAAUGGGAAAUAUUUUGAGUAGCCUAUCAUGUACAAGCUCAAAUAACAUAUCUAUAGUGUAGAAGGACAGUUUUUGUCUCGCCUGCGAAUUAAGGAACUGACGGCGGACGAAGGUGUAGUUUUUCCGGCGGCGAUUGUGAUGACGACGGCGGUGUAAACAUUAAGUUUUGAUGAUGCAAGUUCCUCCAUAUUUUUACAGAUGACGGUUUAAAGGAAAUUGCGAUAACUGUUGUUUAUGAUGGGGUCAGGUCAAUCUAAUGAAGGUUCUCAUAAUCAACUCAUACGGGAUUGUUCAAGAGGUAGUAACCAAGAUCGUAAACCCAGUGGAAGGACAAUUUCCAGCAAACAGGAAACUUUAGAGAGUGUUUCAAACUUUUUCCAUAAAUACAGUGGUGGUAAUCCUUCGAAACCUGUCACUAUUCCUAGAGACGAAUUCAAUAACUUGCACGAGGUUAUCAAGAAAAGUCUUCAACCUGGAAAAAAAUUGUGUAAGGGAGAAACAAUACAAGACGUAAACCAGUCUGCUAGAAUGGAGAAGAAAGAAAUGGUACAUUUACUUAAUACUAGCAACACAACGUCAGCAGCACACUUCGUUGACAAAUUAGAACAGAACUUGAAGAAGUCGGCCAUUGGAACAAUAGUAUUGAAAUCAAGUUCAGAUGUUUCGAAUCUGGAACAUGUUUACGUCAUAGUUUGUAAUAAAAUUGACAACGAAACUACAAAACAGGCAGUCGACAGAAGCUUAAGUGAUAUAGAAGGUAUUUACUACAAAAGAAUAAUACUAAUUGUAUUACAUGUCACGAGAAUACCACCACGUACUUCAACAAGAGAUGAACUUAUAUCUGAAGACGCUAUAGGAAAGUACGGUGAACUCGGCAUUAUUGUAGACAUGGCUUUCCAAUGGAAAGAUGGCAUUUACAACUGUAAAACCAAUGAGAAUGCUUUAAGCGAAAUUAAACAUUUCUGUUCGAAAUAUUAUGCAACAAAACCUGGUGAAAUCUCGGCGACAGCAGAAACCUCAAUACAACCACCAUGCGCUAGUCCAUCUGAUAUAAACUUCGCCGACCAGCCCAUCGGCGAUUGUGAAGAAGUCAAAGAAGAAUUUCCUAUACCAGUUGCUUACAUUAUCGAUCCGUCUCGCUCGACGGCAUCUAAAAAGUUUGUGAGCGAGUUUCAACAAAAUAUGAGGAACCAUAACAUUAAAAUAAGCGAGACGCCAGUAAGUGACGUUAACAAGUUAGACCUAGAUGCCGUCUUAAUCCUAGUCUGUAACAACGCUUCACGCAUAGACACGGAUAUUGGUACAAGUUUAAAUGCUAUCAGCGAAAAUCGAUACAGCAAAACAAUUCUUAUCAUUUUACAUGUCAAAAGCAAUGAUCAUAAUCGUAGGAGCUUACAACGAAUAACGUCGAGAACAAGUUCUGAAAUGUACACAAAGGUUCUCGGGAUGAUUGAUAUGUCAUUUACAAUCGACGAAGGGAUAUACGAGUGUACAAUGAAUACAAACGCAUUUAAAGAACUAAAAGAAAUAUAUGACACUCACGCACCUUAUGGUGCAGCGAAAACUGAGCAGAAAGAGAUUGAAGCCAAACAUGAUAUUCCUGAAGAUUUCAGAGAAAAACCAUCGGACCAGACAUCGGCAUCGAAUAAUGCCGUACCUACGAAAAGGACAAAGACCCGGGAUGAGCUAGAACAAACUGAAGACAGGAUUGAAGAACGGCCUUUACUUUCGCCAGAAUCCGAAAUCAGUUAUUGUUAUUAUUUUUAAUUUCAACUUGUCAGUGGAAAAUACUUCGACCUUUUUUCUGUUUUGUUUGCUUCGGUCGAAGCAACAGUGACAACCUUGAUAAAUAGUUAAGUGUUCCAUAUGCUUAGACUUAGACUCUGUGUUAUCCACCCACUUCAUAUUCAGAAAGCGAAACUUUCAUGUACUUUUUAAAUUUUGUUUUUGAAUUUUGGCCCGUCCGCUUAGAUUAAUAGGGAGAGCGUAGAUGUACGGAUCGCAGUGUUGUGUUUUUGCUCCACGGGCGAGGCAUAUUUUCUAAGAGACGAUAUAGAUAUUGUCUCCCAAAUUAUGUGUCCUCCACCUCUGAUUCAUGUUCAGUUGGCAGUUACUUGCGGAAAACAGGUAUGAAAAGGUACCGAAUCCAGGAACACUGGUAAGUGCCCGCUGAAAUACUGUUGAAAAGUAGAGUUAACCCUAAAACAAAUAAAUAAACUUCACAUCUGAAUUUUUAAGUUUCUGUUCAAUCAGAGAAAUAUAACGUGUAUGUUAAUUAGGUUCGAAUUGGAAAAUGUUUCUAUUUUCUAUGUAGGUGAUACAGUCAUAUGAACCAUGAUGAUAUUAUUUAUGGUGAGUUGUCUAGACAGCCCCUACAUGUGAACUUAGUCUCUGUGACAUCAGCUAAAAUGGUACAGUCAUUUAAUUAACGGGACACUAGUUUUAUUAUAAAAUUAUCACUCCGUAGAAGAAGUGGCAAAUUUCAAAUUUAGUGCUCAAGAUCAUCAUUUUAGUUCUUUGUUGUAAAUUUAAAAAAGCAUAACCAUAAGAAGGAUUUUUUUAUGGCGCCACAAUAUUCAGAAUGAAUUGGCCUAAAAUGGUCGAGGAAGAAAUACAUAAUGAAUUUCUACGCCGGUCAAAAUAUUCUAAAUAUUUUUACUACCAAACGAAGAUUAGCCAAAGAAACAAUUCUUAGUGAUGUUACUAGUCUUGGGUGAUCUGUAUUAGAAAUAUUUGUUAUACCUCUCUUUUGUCUACAAUGAUAAAAUCCCAUUACCCGAGAAAGAGAGAUUUUGACUAUCAAAACAUUUUCAACCUUUUUCACACGUGACCAAGAGAAAGCGACCGUCAGGGCAAUUAACUCCUUCAAUAUUUUAGCCAAAUGAUUGUCUCCCUUGUACACAUAUAGUAGUGUCAAUGUGUACACGGGCGAUUACCGCAUUAAAGAUGAAACUGUUUAAUUAAAUUAAUUAAAACAUUUUAAACAUUUUUAUAUACUAAAUUUUGUUCGGUAUAAUAAAAUAAAUAUCAUAUGACAGCGUGUUUGACAUUCACAUUGUCAACCCUCGAAACAGAAUGUCACCACUCGGUUUUCGCCUCGGAUGGCAUUCUGCCCUCGGGUUGACAAUAUCAGUGUAAAACACGUUGCGAUAUGAUAUUUAUAUAAUGUCAGUUGAAAUGAGAUGUUCUGUUCAAAUGCUAUGUUUUUUAAAUCUUAACACAUAAACACAAUGCUGAAGUUGUAGAUAGUGAUACAUAUGUCACUCUGACGUUGGAUUUUAUGCUCUUCAACAAUAAUGUCGUUACAUGUAAUUUCAUUCCAAACCUCUACUAUUUGAUUUUCAAAAGUAGACUUAUUUUGCUUUAUAAAUCAAUUAGUUUUAACUUUUGUAUAGUACAAAUGUGGCUGAAGAACUAUCAUUAUUUAAAUGCUCAAUGCUUUGUUUUUAAUCAUACAAAAAUCACUAAUUUCCAAUACUGUAUAUGAAAAUAUUAGCUGUUGCAUCUUGAAAUUAUGUGCAGUAUCAAAUUUCCUGUUUGCAGCAAGAAGUUCUUCAGUCACUAUAAAUAAUUAUGUAGUUUUGUUCACGUCUAAUACCUUUUACUAAUCAGAACAUAUAUCAUGUGUUGUGUACAAUGUAUUAUCAUUAUUUUACUCCCAUUGUUUUAAAAUUUACUGUAUCACAAAGAUAUAAUGAAUACUUAUAGUAUAGAUACAGGAAAAUAAUAAAAUUGAAUACAUUAAG